AUGUCUGAUGGGAAUGCCGACUGGGUAGCCCAAAAUUUGCAUCGACAGAGGAAAAUCUUGGAAGAAAAGCAGCGACAAAAGCGGAUAGCAUCCGCAACUAUCCGUAGUGGAUUCGCUGCACCGCCUUGCUAUGAUGGUCCAUUGUCGACUUGUGCUGAUCCUGACGCGAUCGGUCCUACGCUUAUUACCAUACCAGGCAUUGAGACAAUGCAGAGCAGCCCGAUCUCCAGGCCGACCACAUCCAGCAAAGAAUCGUCAAGCGACAGGGACAACAAUUCUAUGAAAGGCCUAGUAGAUAAAAUGGUCAAGGCCGAUUUGUCGCCAUGUGUCGCCAGUGAUGAGGAAGAGCUCGUUGGUGAGUAUUAA